AUCGAUUUCAUUUGACUGUAGACCUCCGACAUAAGAGUCUCGAGAUUCGGUUCGCAGUUGACAUUCGCGAUCCUAGGCGUACCGACCCAAGCAUUAAACGCCCCAAUCCCAUUGGAGAGAUGGAGUACACGCUUGAGAUCAAGGCUCAGAUUUCGUUCACGCAGGUGAACAAGCUUGUCCUCCAUGAUAUAGAUGAAACAACCUGGGCACUUAUCAUUCCUCUCGCAAGCCCACCUAUUUUCUUUAAAAAGGUUCAUAAUCCGGAAGCCUACUCAAACAAGAGUUUAUGGAGUGAUAGGGACAGUUGGAACCGAACAGUUGACAUCACGUACGACACCACAUGGUUCAAAGAUGAUCCAGUAUCAUUGAAUAGAUACAAUCAGUUCGUCGACAUUGGGAGAUGGACUACGUACCGGCUCGUCUUCCCUGUGUGGGCUAAAGCUCGGUGGGCGAAGAUGCAGCUUGCAUUGAACGCCUUCAACGUCCAGAUAGAACACAGAGGCCGGAACGAAUUCUCAUUGGCUCCAGUAAAUACAUUCAACGUACUGAGACUCCUUGAUACCCCAAGUUCUAGCACAACCACCACGGGCGCUAGCCUGGAGCUUCUAGCCAACACCGAACACAUAUAUCUUCCAUUCGACGUUCGAUAUCAGCUUGAAGCUUGCAUAUCGCAGGGCUUUCUGAAUGAGGUUAAUAUAACCGCAGAAUUCCUGCGAAUGUUGGCGGAUCUUUCGAACGAACGCACCCAACGUCGCAACAGGGCAAAGGAUCUCUUGAUGUAUGUCUCGCAGCCUCGAACGGGAGGUUUUUCCAAGACCAACCAAGGCAGGCUUGAUGAGAAGAGAAUCUAUGACCCUAUGUCGCUCUUUAAGGACAGAAAGGCUCUGAGCCAUUACCCAGAGAUUUCGCUUCCGGAGCACUGCCAAUGGGUGAGGAAGGUCGUGAUCACGGCCACGACUAUGUACCUUAGUAACCCAACGCCGGAGCCGUCGAACCGCGUCCUACGUCAUUUUGCUAGCCACGAAGAUCGAUUCAUUCGGGUGCAGUUCAUGGAUGAAAUGAGCAGAGGGCCUAUAUACUCCGCUCCCGACUCUACUCAAGCCAAUGCGCUGUUCAACAGAGUUCAUCGAACGUUGCAGAACGGCAUCGUGAUCGGCGGUCGUCGUUUUGAGUACCUUGCCACUGGCAAUUCGCAAUUCCGUGAGCGUGGCGCCUACUUCUUCUGUCCGACCGAAUACUUGAGCUGUCAAGAUAUCCGUGAUUGGAUGGGCGAGGUCAGCCACAUCCGCGUCGUGGCCAAGUAUGCUGCUCGUCUCGGGCAAUGCUUUUCGACCACAAAGAUACCCCGGGCCUCCCCGAUCGGUCAGAGAAUCAAGCAUAUUGAGGAUAUUGAGCAUCAUGGAUGGAACUUUACAGAUGGAGUCGGAAAGAUCGCGCCGCGCCGCGCUAGAUUUCUCAUUGAUAACCUUGUCACUGGUAAGACAGUCAAGUAUGUCCCAUCUGUCUUUCAGUUCAGGCUUGGAGGAAGUAAGGGCAUCCUGGUGCAAUGGCCUGAUGUACCUUUCAACGAGGUUCACCUACGGCCAUCACAGAACAAAUUCACAGCCACAUCCCAGGGUCUUGAAAUUAUAAAGACAUCUCGAUUCUCCGUCGCGACGCUAAACAGACAGACCAUUAUCAUAUUGGAUUGCCUCGGCGUACCUGGAAAGGUUUUCCAGAGUAUGAUGAAAAAGCAAAUCGCCAGUUACGAACGUGCGAUGGAAGACUCGGAGGCCGCCAUGUCAUUACUGUGCAAAUACGCUGACCAAACCGGCAUCACCACGGUAAUGGCACAGAUGGUUGCGGAUGGGUUCAUGGCAGGAAAGGAGCCUUUCCUCAUGAUGACCCUACAAGUUUGGCGAGCGUGGUCUAUGAAGAUGCUUCGAGAGAAGGCUCGCAUCGUGGUCGAACAGGGCGCUUUCGUUUUCGGCUGCGCAGAUGAAACGCAAACUCUAAGAGGGCAUUCAGACUCAGUUAAGCCUGGAGACAAGAAUAUCAGCAAUCUGCCCCAGAUCUUUCUUCAAGUGCCCAAGACAAGCACCAAUGCAGGCGAGCCCAGUGAAUACACUGUCAUUACCGGAGUUUGCAUGCUGGGACGAAAUCCAUCUCUUCACCCAGGCGAUAUUCGAGUGGUGGAAGCCGUGGAUGUCCCAGCAUUGAGGCAUCUUCGAGAUGUCGUCGUAUUUUCUACCAAGGGUGAUCGUGACAUCCCCUCCAUGUGCUCUGGUGGAGAUCUAGACGGUGAUGAUUAUUUCGUCAUCUGGGAUCCGGAGCUCAUCCCUGAUGAGUGGAACCAUACUCCGAUGCCACAAGAGACCCUUAAACCGAUGGAACUAAACCGUGAUGUAACAGUCAGAGAUCUGAUUUCAUUUUUCGUUCAGUAUAUGAAAAAUGAUUCGCUCAGUACGAUUGCUCACGCACAUUUGGCCAAGUCCGAUAGACUUGCAGAUGGACCUAAAGACCCGCAGUGCAUAGAAUUGGCACGUCUUCAUUCCAAUGCCGUCGACUACCCCAAAACGGGACAAGAGGCUCUAUUGAAGCCAUCACUACGACCCAAGGCCUUCCCACAUUUUAUGGAGAAACUCGGGGGCAAGACAUAUCAUUCAACUAACAUCCUCGGAAAGCUAUACGACCAGGUGACCAAAAUCGAAUUCAAGCCUAACUUUGACGGAGCCUUCAACGAGAGAAUUCUUCGCGCCUAUGCGUUGGAUCAAGAGAUGCUUGGGAUGGUGAGAAUGAUCAAGAGACAACACGACAAGUCCAUGAGACAGAUAAUGAACCAACAUGAGAUUGGUAACGAAUUUGAAGCAUGGUCACUGUUCGUGCUGUCCAAGCCUCGAAUGGGAAAUGAUUACAAGAGACAGGAGGUUCUAGAGCCAGUGCUAGCCAAUCACCGAGAACGGUUCAAGGCGGCUUGCAUCAAGCUCGCCAAAUCUACAGAUGCGGAUGUUCUCUACCCCGUGAUAGCCGCAGCCUAUUAUGUCACCUGGGAAGAAGUACAGGUUAAGAAGAUGGCCGGGCAGGAGGAAUCGACCCCUGACAGCGUGCCACUGAUUAGCUUCCCCUGGAUAUUCGCGUCGGAACUUGGUCAGAUUGCCACUUCGAAGGGCAAACUGGCGUUAGAUGAAAUGCCAAAGCCAUCAGGAUACAAUCACAGUGGCGACGAUGACGAUGGUGACUUUGAGCGCCUUGUAGGUGCUGGUGUCGUCGAAGGAGACGAGGCAGCCAAUGGUAAAGGGGGCAUCUUCGAUGGCUACAUCGCUUCACUGGCCAACAAAACUCAACUCAAGGACAAGGCGGGAAAGGCCACUGUAGUGGUUCCCAAAGAGGACGAAGAGAAGGAAGAAAGUUCUUCUAUAUACGGGGACCAAGUCGUGCUGGACGAAGACGAAGAUGAGGAAGAGAAGGGCGAAGAAGGGGAGGAAAAUAGCAUGGGUCUUCUGGCUACGCUUAAUGGAUUGAAGAUGUGAAAUGACAUAUUUCAAUCUGCGGGCAUUUACAAUUUGAAGUUAUUAACUCCAAAAUGUUGCUUCGGCCUGGCUAGAUUCAGAUUGGGAACUACUAUAGUACCUAUCUUGAGGGUCUUUAACGGGGACUGAAGUGUUCUGCGCUUGCCAUUCUAAUAAAGAAACGUUGACUUUAAAUUUGAUAUCAGAUGAUAUGUUGAUAUGAUAUGUUGAUAUGAGGGUGUAACAUAUGAGA